AUGGCAACAGUGCUUCGGAACUUCGUAUUGAGCAAAUGCGCUUUCUUCGAGGUUAUUUUCCUGCGUAAGUAGAAUGGCAAGAGGGGCUUCCCCAGUGACCAGUGAGCGAUUUCCUGCUGAAGCCCCCAAAUAAACGCGAAUAUCUUUGGCACUAAGUACAGCGUGUGCUUCUGUGGCGCUAUCGGUAAGUUCUCGGGCAGUUAAACGUAUUGUAGACGAUUUAGGCUCACCGAAAUAGGUUAUAGGUCGGUGCGGGAAUGGAAGCAGCGAUGGACCUGCAGCUUAUACAGAGUGGAGCGGAUAAAAAAAUGAGUUUCUACACGAAAGGCCCGCUGCGAGUGAAUGCAGAAAACUUCAACUUGUUGGGAUUUAAAAACAAUUAUCCGGUGUUGGAGCCUGCGAUAAUAAAAGUCGAAUACGUCUCAUUGAUCAAGUCCCAACUGGAGCUUGGCAAACAGGCGCAACAACUCUAUAACUGGAAGGGGCGCAUCAUAAAAAUCGUGCCCUCCGGGCAAAUCCCGAAAGCCGUGAAAGAGCAAACGAUGAAACUGAAAAAACAAGGUAGACCAACGACUGCUGCUGGCGCAAAGGGGAGAAACCCGGCGGCCAAUCAUGUUCCCGUUGAGCAUGUAAACAGAGAUAACAGUUUGAAUAUCCCAUGCACUAAUCAAGACUUGGGCCAGCUAAUCAGACCGGCUGGUUAUCAAGUCAUUCGUAGUUCAACCGCGGAAAGUUCGGGUUUCCCUGCGAAUCCUCCGAUUGCCGAUCCUCAGGCUCCCGCAGUGCCAACACUGAACGAUCCGAGUGCGCUGAUAAGUUGUGUUGAUUCAAGUUCAGCGGCAAGCGACAGCCCUGGGCGAAUACUGCCAGCUAUCGGCAGCAGAUCGACGAAGCUGCUGUCUAAAAAGAACCUGGCAAUCCUCAAUAAGGCGAAAAUGAAGGCGCUCAAUUUGUCAAUGAAGGCGAAUAUGGACGGGGAAAGCGGCAGGGAAGUCGCCGUCCAGACUGAUCAGCUGGAGACGAAGCAGUUCUGCCACCAACAGGUCCAGACUGAUCCGUCCCAACAAUUCAACCUUGUGGACUACAUGACUCUGAACCUGGACAACCUGCUGGAUAUCAAUAAUAGGGACGAAUCCCCCAUUAUAAACGACGUGCGCCUGGACAACGGCUUGCCCAUGAAUGGACCAGAAUUCGACUCUAUACCGGACCCCAUCAGCAGCCAGGCCCAGAAUAGUCCAGACGGUAAAUCGACCGACAACAAGCAAGUGCUGAAGCUGAAGAUGAUGUUCUUUCACGACCUGCGGGAGUGUAUGACCUACAAUGCCGCUGGAAACCUGCCGGUUCAUGAAGGAGUCCUCAAAAAUGACUUGGUGGCAGUGAAGAGACAGUGUGCAGCCUUAAAGGCGAGGAAAUGUGGGGUCAAUUUGGGAAACCAUGAUGGUUGUACGCCUCUUCAACUGGCCAUCGUUAACAAUGUCCAAGUGGAAAUCGUGUUUAUUCUAUUGGAAUCUGGGGGGGACCUUCAAGACAUCGAUGGUGACGGCAACAACGUUUUACAUUUAGCGGCAAAAUUCGAGCGGUUGGGCGCGAUGCAAAUGAUUUUAAACCAUUGCUGUUUCAUGUCGUGCUUCGACUGUAUUAACAGUUACAACUUUGAAGGCUUAACUCCUUUGAUGAUCUGCUGUGCAUCCAGCUGGACCGAGGGAGCGCUGCUUUUGAUCGAUCGUGAAGCCUGUGUGAAUCUGCGUGACCAACGGUCGGGAAAAACAGCCCUAUUCCACGCCGCCGAGGCCCAGAACGUGGAGAUUGUGCGCGCCCUACUGCAAAACGGGGCCGAUCCCAAAUUGAAGAACUUUUUCGGCACGAGUCCACACGACGCCAUGUACGAGCUGGAUGAUAUGGUCGACACCAUCAAGCGGUUGAUAUUUGGAAUAACGAAAAAGCGCAGCAACGCAGAAGCGGAAAUGAACCCGAGUCGAACAGCGAACGCGGCCAAAAAGCUGAAAACCUACCGAAAGUUUCAGAAAAUCAAGCUGAACGGUAAAUUUCCCAUGUACACGAUGGUUCAAAAAUGAACGUCAGUUUAUUGAUGUCGCUCCUCGGAGUUCGGGAUAAGAUGCCUCAUUUUCUGAGGAUGCAGCCAGGAAAGACAAGAGAAACGGGUUUAGUGUACAGUACAGAUUGAUCGAAUCGAAUUUAGCGUUUAGCUUAAAAGCCCAAGACCGGAAUUUGCGUAUGGCUAUCAUGCGAUUAGGUGGCAGCUUGCACGCGUUUAGUGCAUGGUGCUGAACACGUAGCGCGUUGUUGUAAGUUAUCAGUAUUAAAAUUUAACACACCUUCAAUGUUGCGUAUAGUUAUAAGUAGACAAUUUUUUAGUUUUUCUUUAUACAGUCAGUUUCGCGAGAUAUUUAUGUACAUACAGUUAAGUCGCCAGGAAGGUCCAUUGGGCGCCGCUUGGUCCAAUCAACAGCGCCGUAGUCAAAUCAAGUGGGUUUCGAUCAUGUGAAUGACACGAUUGAAACCACCGAUAGCGAUAAAAUAGCGGCUUCACAUGGCUUUUCGGUUAUUAUCAGCAAAGUAAUUAAUAUUCUGGUUCAUUCUUUACAAGCUUUUUUGUUUAAAGACGUGUUUACACCCAGAAAAACUCCCCUAAUGGCCAGGGUUGCGAUUUUACCGAUCUAGGCAAGUGACUUUGUAUAAAUUAGAAUAAUCACAAGGAUGCUGUAUAUUCUUCUGCAUUAUUAAGUGUAUAUAUUGAUCGAAUAGAGUUAUUUUUUAAUAGACCCAUGCUGUUUGGUUGUGCGUCAAAUCAUCCAGCUUAGGAUUUAGAAUAUUUAUAUAGAAAUUACUGCGUAGCUGUUGUUGUCUGAUGAUGUCCAGAUGAUAAAUUGCGUUUCUCUGCGAUAAGAGAUUAGAGUCGAAUUGCGUACGUCCAUUAGCCCGGGAAAUAAUUCAUUUUCCUUCGUAUCUGGACGGAUUUUAAGCGCACUGAAGUACGGCAAUAAGGCACCAAUUAAGUAGUUUAGAUAGAAUAAGUGCUAACUAAAGGUUUUAAUAAAAAGGACUGUACAAAUGUGGAAA